AUGGUAUCAGCAAGCCUGGCUCCCGCUCACUCCCGCUUCCGCCCAGCCUGCGCCCAAGCUCCACUGCCGCUCGCGCGCCUUGGCCCCUGGCCUUCCACCGCCCCGGCCCGCCCACACCACCAAGCCGCCCGCUCGUUUCCCCUGCAGCUCGGCCCAAACCGCCCCACCACCACCGCUCGCCUCCACCCCCACGCCGAGCUCCGGCCUGCUUGGCCCACGCCGCCUCCACGCGCUCAACCACCACGCACGGUGCCCCCGCUCUCGCUCGCCACACGCGCCGCCGCCGCGCGCGCAGACGCCCGCGCCGAGAGCCUCCUCCAGUGCAGGCCGCACGCCACCGGACGCCACCACGUGCCCGCGCUGCCAACGGCCGCACCUGCUCAGGCCGCCCGCAAGCGCUCGCCCAGCUCGGCUGAUCGAUCCGCCCCGCCAUCGCAUCUCGCCCAGCGCAAAAUCCGGUCGGACCGGAUUUCUGACCGGCCGUCCGGUCUCGCAACCGGGGCUCGACCGAUCUACAUCUCCACCAAAUUUCACUGUCAAACUCCUUCUAUUUCUCCGCGAAUCGACGAAUUUCUGCCCGAAUUUCCGCUCCUGUUCGUCGAGUUCAUCCUGACCGGCACUACCGGCCUAACGACAGCGGCAGUGCCGGCCUCCGCGUUGACCAUCUCCACCUCGCCGCCGCCCUGCUCUCGCCUUGCGCCGCCCGCGCUCGCCCUCCUCCCGCUGCACAGCCAGCAGCUCGCCUGGCCGCUCAACCCCCGCCCCGGCCCACUCCACACAAGCGCGCCGCCUCCACCACCACGCGCCCGCCUCCACCGCGCCGCCCAAGCUAGCAGGCCCAGGCCUCCGCCCAAUCGCCCAACAGCAACCGCCGCGCCCCGCUCCCUCGGCCGCCAGCUACCACCGCCGCCUGGCCCGCGCGCGCCCCUGCAGCUCCCGCCCGCGCGCAGCACCAACUCGGCCUCAGGCCACCAACUCGCCUCCGCCCACUGCCCCACUCUGCUCCUGGUCUACCGGCAGUGCCGCACCGCACGCACCAGCAGUGCCGCCGAGCCCGGCAGUGCCGGCCCAAACACGACGGUAGUGCCGCCCGACGCACUCCGGCAGUGCCGGCCAUACCACAGCGGCAGCAGUGUAGAAAUUGUUGCCCAUACCUCCAUUUUACCUUGGACCAAGUCCAACUCUGGCCACCUCUGCACUUCUGGAGACCCUCCCUACCCUGCAGCACCAGAGCCACCACUUGCCUGCCCUUGCUUUGGUCACCAUGACCAAAAACCUAACCAUGCCGGCCUCAUGUCCCUCCACAUGCACACCCCCUCUCCUCUCCCAUCCAAAUCACCUCAGCAUGUCUCUGAGCUUGCCCUCACUCUGCUGAUCACGACCGUGUACCCCCUUGACCUUUUCGACGUCGGCAUUGACCAGGACAAGCGUGCCCAGACCGUGCCCAGAGAUGCCCACGCGCGCCAGGACACGCACGAGGACGUCCCGGAGCGCGACAGGACGCCGCUGGCCCCCGUCGCCUCACGCCUCCCCUCACUCUGCCCGUGCACCAGUCGCCUCGCCAUGACGCCAGCAGCCUCCCAGACAACCCCACUGGCCCUCGCACGCCCUGUGGACGACGCCAUCGCCGCCGACCGUCCGCCCCCGUACUGCCAUGACGCAGGAAGAGGACGACGCGACCACUCCUUCCCUGUCCUCGCCACGACGCGCUUCAGCACCGCCUGGACGUCACCAACCGUACGCGCCCACUCCCCCGCCCCUUCGUCGCUCCAGACGCCGUCGCCAUGGUCGCCCCUUCACGGCAGUGUAGAAAUUGUUGCCCAUACCUCCAUUUUACCUUGGACCAAGUCCAACUCUGGCCACCUCUGCACUUCUGGAGACCCUCCCUACCCUGCAGCACCAGAGCCACCACUUGCCUGCCCUUGCUUUGGUCACCAUGACCAAAAACCUAACCAUGCCGGCCUCAUGUCCCUCCACAUGCACACCCCCUCUCCUCUCCCAUCCAAAUCACCUCAGCAUGUCUCUGAGCUUGCCCUCACUCUGCUGAUCACGACCGUGUACCCCCUUGACCUUUUCGACGUCGGCAUUGACCAGGACAAGCGUGCCCAGACCGUGCCCAGAGAUGCCCACGCGCGCCAGGACACGCACGAGGACGUCCCGGAGCGCGACGAGACGCCGCUGGCCCCCCGUCGCCUCACGCCUCCCCUCACUCUGCCCGUGCACCGGUCGCCUCGCCAUGACGCCGGCAGCCUCCCGGACAACCCCACCGGCCCUCGCACGCCCCCGUGGACGACGCCAUCGCCGCCGACCGUCCGCCCCCGUACUGCCAUGACGCGAGGAAGAGGACGACGCGACCACUCCUUCCCCUGUCCUCGCCACGACGCGCUUCAGCACCGCUCGGACGUCACCAACCCGGCACUGCCGCCCGCCCCCAUCGCCGCGCGGUCUUGUUGCUUCCGCUCAUCUGCGCCCGGCCACACUCGCGCGAGCACGCCGCAAGCGAUCCUCCACGCGCAGGCCAACACCGCUCCAGCUUGGACCCCGCGCAAGCUCGCCCACGUCACCAUCCGCCGCGCGUGCAGCCCAGGCCUCACCAACCACCGGCCGCGCCGCUUCCAAGCCGCCUCCAACGCGCGCCCGACCCAGCUGCUGCCGCCCGCCUGCAAAUCGGCCCAGCCGCCCACGCCCAUCGCUGCCUCACCUCUGCUCCUCUCAGCCGGCAGCACCAGCAACCGCCUCCGCCACACUCGCCCAGCAGCUCAGGCCGCUGCUCCUCCUUCCGCCGCUCGAAUCAGGAAGCUCCAGGCCCGCCGCCUCCAACCACUCCGCCCCCACGCGCCCAGGCUCCAUGCCAAGCUGCCGCUCAACCCGCUGUACCCGGCAGUGCCGGCACAAACACCCCGGCAGUGCCGCCCAGACCACCCCGGCAGUGCCGCCCAACACACACCGGCAGUGCCGGCCAUAGGUUGUUUCAGUUUCGCUCCAUUCUGA